AUGUUUCCUGAUUGCAUACGAAAAGCUGAGUGUUCUUGUUUUUGUGCUUCUCAAAGCAAUUUUAUGUGCCUAAACCACAUAUUUUACCACAUAGCUCAAAAUCCAUCUAUUUGUCACAUUUUAGAAGAAUUCUUCAAAAAUUCUGGGCCUCAACCUCCCAGUGAAGAAGAAGCUGAAAUAAAAAGUAAAAUCAGCAUCCUCGCUUACCAAAAAUCAAAUUUACUAAAGCAUAUAUUAGAUCAUAAGUGGGAAAGCCUUAAAUGGGCUAUGUACUGGCAAGUUAUCACAUAUUCUGAUCUUAGCUACGAUAUUUUAGUAGGCCUUGUAAUAGUUUCCUGGAUGAGAGGCAUCUCCUAUUUCAGGAUCUUUAAAAAUACAAGAUACAUGGUAAAUCUGAUUACCCAAGUAAUAAAAGACAUCACAUCAUUCUUUAUCCUCCUUUUCUAUUCCACCCUGGCUUUUGCAUUUAUUUUCUUAGUCAUGGAUAAAGACGAUCCUAAAUUAAUUGAUUAUAUUAAAAUCUCAUAUAGGCUAGACCUUGGUGAUUUUGAUUCUACUGGCUUUUCGUCAAUGCAAUGGGUGUGCUUGUUCUUAGCUACUAUGAUCAAUAUGAUUAUCAUGCUAAACCUCUUGAUCUCAAUUAUGGGCGACACUUUUGGAAAAGUCCAAGAAAACGCCGAAAUUGCAGAUAGAAAAGAAUUACUAGGGAUGAUCUAUGAAAUAGAAACAUUGAUGUUUUGGAAGAAAAAGUGCUCUGAAAGAUCUUAUUUCCAAGUACUUAAAGGUGAAGAAUCUGAAGAAACAGAAAAAAAUAUUAGCACCAGAGUCACAAUUAUCAAGAAAAAUAUAAAAAGAAACCACUUGCAGAUGCUAAAAAUAAUGAAGAGCCAUGGAGAAAUGUUGAAGAAGAUAUGGAAUAGAGACAAGAAUGAAGAAGAAGUUAAAAAGCCAUCUAGUAAUGAAAGUGGUGAAAAAAGCGGUGAAAAAAGCGGUGAAGAAAGCGGAGAAGAAAGUGGAGAAGAAGAUUAA